UGGGUCGAGGCUCGAUGAAAAGAAAGAUGGCCGCAAGUAAAGCGCGCGGCGCGAACGCAAAACAAGUGGGUAGCGGACAGCGAUGACAAUCGUCCGAUGGUUAAAAAUGUAAUGAUUACAAAUGGAAAUACAAAGUGUGACAAGCAAAAUUUUAACUCAAAAAAUAACUUCGAGGACGGAUUAAUAUUCUGAAUCAUGGCGAGACCCGAGUGAACGAUUCGCAUUUAAAACCUAGAAACCGAACGUUGCAUUUUUAUUUCUGUAGUAGCUUUAUCCAGUGUAUAAACGAACUGUCAGAUAACAGCAGGGAUGGUUUCAUUAGUCAAGAUUACUUUCUUCAGUGCCUUUUGUGCAAUAUUCGCGAGCACUGCCGCGUCUCGUGUUCUGGAACUCAGUGAUAGAUUCCUGGAAAUACACAAAGAAGGACAAUGGCUUGUAAUGAUGUACGCACCUUGGUGCGCCCAUUGCAAGAGAUUAGAACCAAUAUGGGGCCAUGUGGCCCAGCACUUACAUGCAACACCUAUCCGUGUGGGUCGCGUAGACUGUACGAGAUUUGCCAAUGUUGCUCGUGCCUUUAGAGUCAAUGGAUUUCCCACCAUUUUGUUCCUGAAGGGAGACCAGGAAUUCGUAUAUCAUGGGGAUAGAACCAAAGAUGAAAUAGUCAGAUUUGCAUUAAGAUUGAGCGGACCGCCAGUUCAGGAAAUCACAAGAACUCAGAGUUUUGAAUCUAUAAAAAAAGAUCAAGAUGUAUACUUCUUGUACGUCGGGGAAAAAACCGGCAAUCUAUGGGAAAGCUACCAUAAGAUUGCGGAUACAUUCCAGCCACACGCAUUUUUUUAUCAAACUUUCACUAAUGUUGCCAGUAAACAUGUACCGUCAGAAACCACACCAGCUGUGUUUGUUUACAAAGAAAAUUCCCACUACCAUUUUACCGGGGAAGAUAGGAAUAACUACACAGCGCUCAACGAUUCGAUAUACAAAUGGGUGAACGCUGAGCGUUUUCCAACAUUCCCCAAAGUAACCAGAGGUAAUAUAAAUCAGCUCUUCCUAACUAAUAAAAAUCUAGUCUUGGCUGUGGUUGAGGAGAAUGAAUUGGAGGAAAUCCAGCCCGAUAUGAUCGAAUUCAGAGACAUGGUGAAGUUGGUGAUUAUGAAAAAACGGGAUAAAUAUCACGAUCAUUUUCAGUUUGGUUGGAUAGCAAAUCCCGAAUUAGCGAACAGUAUAGCAAUGAUGAUUGUACCUUUACCGAGUUUAAUUGUAAUUAAUACAACAACAAGUCAUCACUACAUACCUGAAGAUGACCCACGGAAGUUGACCCCGCACGCAAUUGAAUUGUUCUUAGAACAGAUCUAUAAUGAAAGUGCUCCGACUUACGGAGGGAAUGGCUGGCUGGUCCGUAUAUAUAGAUCGUGGUUCGAAUUCAAAACGACGCUAGCUGAAAUGUGGAAGGGCAACCCAAUUUUGACAAUGGUCCUAUUUGGGCUUCCAUUUGGGUUUCUCUUACUGAUUUGCUACAGUAUUUGUUGCGCAGAUAUUCUCGAUGCGGAUGAUGAUGAGGAAGAAGAGUUCAGCCACAUGAAGAAAGAUUAAUGAUCUGCUUAGAUAUAAGAUUCGACGAUGUAUUAGGUGUAAAAAAGAAUAUUUAAUUAUUGUAUAAUAAAAAAAGAUGGUCUUA